CGCUCAAAGGCUAGCGCUCACUCUCAUGCUCCCGGAGACCGCGCUCGGGUGGGGAAGAGCAGCGGAGCAGAGGACCGCAGAGCAGACUGUUGCCGAGGAGCCGCCGACCUGGGAGAGAUGUUCACCAGGAGUGGAGCCCUGAGGAACACAGCUUGAAAGUUGUCAGCCUUCUUUCCAUACACCUUGCGCUGUUUUGUUUUUUUUUUUUUUUUUGUUUUUUUUGAACCCCCCCCCUUUCCACUUUUUUUUUGUUUUUCAUCUCAAAUCCAUAAGAGAGACACGCCGAAACAAAGCUUUUUUUUUUUUUUUCCCCCUCCCCUUUUUUUAAAUCCCAUUUUCUGCCUAAAAUCUCCGACUGCUGGUUGCUAUGAUGCUGAAAGUGGGGCUGGUGCUCCUGCUUUGCUGGAGCUUCACCUGCAGUGAGCCCCAGGCCAUCAAGCAGCGCUCGGCGUCGGAAACUUUGGAUUUAGGGUACGUUCCCUCUGGAGUAUAUGAAACUGUGGCCUAUUACGAGCCCGGAGCCAUAGGGAUCCUCUUUCACAUGGUCCACGGCUUCCUGCAUGUGGUGCAGCCCAAUCCCUUCCCCAGAGAACUCAUCACAAAAAUCGCACAGGAGAACUUCAGAGCCACCGAACCUGACAUAAAGAAGCCAGAGAACAUUGUUCUCACACUCCAGGCCUUGCAGUACGAGAUGGGCUUCAUGGUGUGCGCGGUGCUGGGCGCGCUCUUCGUGCUGCUCAUGCCACUGGCGGGCCUUUGCUUCUGCGUAUGCCGCUGCUGCGACAACUGCGGCGGCGAAAUGCACCAGCGCCAGAGGAAGAACGCUGACUGCAAACGGACCUUCCUCGCCUCGGGCCUCUUUGCCACCUCGCUCGUCGUCACGGCCGGUGUGGUGUGCGCAUAUUCGGCGAACCAGAACCUCACCAACCAGCUGAAAGGAGUGAGGAGACUGGUCAACAGCAACAUGAGGGACCUGCAGACAUUCGUCAACCAGACGCCGCUGCAAAUCGACUACCUUACAUCACAAUACUUCACGGUGAAGAACAAAGUGAUCUCUGAUCUGGGCAACAUUGGGCCUCUGUUGGGUGGUAAAAUUCAGGAACAGCUGGGGAAAAAGGCCUUGCCGGCUCUCGAUGCAACACUGAGAAUGACGUCAGCCAUACGUGAGACCAAGCAAGCGCUGGAAAACGUGAGCGUCUCCAUUGACGUGCUGAAGGAGGGCUCCAGCAGGCUGCAGGUCAACCUGAGCAGGGCGCGCUCCGGCCUCGAGGACACGCUCUCGGACCCGGCCUGCUCCGUGCGCGAGACCGCCCCCGUGUGCGGCUCCAUCCGCGACUCCCUCCACCAGCUCAACAUUGACGCCGACUUCUCCAAGCUGCCGGACGUGAGCGCGCAGCUCGCCAAGGUCGACGACGUCCUGGAGACCGAUCUGAGCAGCAUCGUCCAAAAGGGUUACUCCUCGUUCAACAAAACACCUGCUUUAGUGGAGGAGCAGACCAGAAAUGUUGUUAAAGGUGUUGAAAGCCAUCUGGACAGCAUCGGCACCAAAAUAACAGGCAUGACCAAGAAGUUCCCAAUGCAGGCGAUCCUCGCCAACUUCACCAUGUUCAUCAACCACGUACACUCCAGUAUCGAGGACUUCUACCCCCAGAUGGACCAGACAGAUUUCUACAGGUGGGUCUGCUGCAUCUCGCUGUGCUGCGUGGUGGUGCUCAUCCUGGCCUUCAACUUCCUGGGUCUGCUGUGUGGGAUCUGUGGUCAUGACAAGCACGCCUCGCCCACCACCCGCGGCUGCAUCUCCAACACGGGCGGCAACCUGAUCAUGGCCGGAGUGGGCUUCACCUUCAUCUUCUCCUGGGUGCUCAUGGCGGUUGUGGCCAGCUCCUUUGUGGUUGGAGGUAACGUGGAGAAGCUGGUCUGCGAGCCCUUCGGAACCAAGGAGCUCUUUAAGGUGGUGGACACUCCGUACCUGGUGAAUGCAGCCUGGAGGAACUUCAUCCCUGGAUUCCUGUACAACAACCCAGAUGUUGAUCUGACUGCAGAGAACCUGUACAGCAACUGUAAAGAAAACAGAGGCCUCUACUCUGCGCUGCAUUUGGAGAACAUGUUCAACAUCACGGCAUUGGUGGACAGCAGCAUGUACGCGAAGGAUAUUUCAGUAAAUUUUGAAGAUGUCAAAGUGGAUCUGACCAGUGAAGUCCUCCUGGAGGAUGAGGGGAAGCAGAACCUCAUCAGUUUCACACAAACGGGAAUCGGUGACAUAAAGUUCCAGCUGUACCUGGCCGAGCUGAACAAAACCGUAACAGCCGUGGACCUGCUGAAGUUUGCCAAUGAGCUGGACGCUCUAACAGACCAGCUGCCACGGAGCACACUGGAGAGCGGCCUGAGACAGCACGCGAGGAACCUCCGACACAUUCACAACCAGCAGGUCGUCCCCCUGAAACAGGACCUGAGCACUCUGAGGCAGAGCAUCCAUUUCCUGGAGAAGACCUCCACUGACCUCAGCAACAAGGUGACGAAUGUCCUGGGUGCCAUUGAAGAAGCACAGUACCUCAUCUCCAACAACGCAACGUACAUCAUUAAUCAGGAGGUCGAGAAAUACAUGAGGAGUCUUAUUGGCUACUUUGAAAGUUACACAGAGUGGGUCAUGACUUCGCUGACCUUGGAAGUGGGAGGCUGCAAGCCCCUCAGCAACGUUGUGGACACUGCUGAGAUUGUGGCCUGUAGUUUGGUGGUGGACUCCAUGAACGCAUUCUGGUUUGGUCUGGGUUGGGCCGCCUUGUUCCUCAUCCCCAACGUGGUCUUUUCUGUGAGGCUGGCGAAAUUUUACCGCCGAAUGGACACGGAAGACGUGUACGAUGAUUCCUCGGUCUCUGGGACGUGGCAUUUCACUUUGUGAUAACCAUUUCCCUCCUUCCACCUGCACUUGUCCUCCGUUGCGCACGUUGCACUUUAGGGAAAACAAACAGGACGUUUGUUUGGUCCAUCUUUCGUCUGCAUUCCCAUUCUGUCCCCUGCAAACAAAAGCAAACAUCAACUUCAUCAGCCCCAUUAUUUUAUUAUUAACGAUUACAUUACAUUCUCACAUUAUUUUAAUUAGUUACAUGAUCAUAUUUCAUUGGUAUAUUGACCACACAGGUACUAAACUUUUCAUACACUUGUAUCAUCGAGCCAAAUUAAUAUUUUCUCCUUUGCAGCAUUGAUUCUGUACAUAUAAAACAGUCCCAUCCAUUUGUCUUACACUGCAAAUCUAUAAUGCCUCUUUAUAAUUUAAAAGACGGUGUUAUGUACUAAAAAAGUUAAAAAGAUUACCAUUAAUUGCUAUACAGAGUUACUUUCUGGUGCUUGGUUUAGCUUUAAGCUGUGCUCUAUCUUCAGUGAAGGGCAUGGCCUUACUUUUUGUGUUUGUAUAUUUUAUAUUCCUUAACUGCCCCUUAUUGAGGGCAACACACAAAGCCCUUAUAGUAGAAACAUAUAAAAAGAAAAAAAAAUUGUAUUAUAAGUUAUGUAAAUAAUAUUGUGUAAUGUGAAAAUU